AUGGACGCUAUCAUCGACCUGUCUGACGUCGACAAGGCGCUUGAUCUCUCGCGCAUUCGCUACCAGUUGAUUCGUCUCGAGGAUACCAUCAUCUUCCAUCUGAUAGAGCGUGUUCAGUUCCCCCUCAACCACAACAUCUACAUCCCUGGCGCCGUCCCGCUCCCCGACACCGACCUCAGCUUGAUGGACUGGUACCUCUGGCAGCAAGAGCGUCUCCAGUCGCUCAUGCGCCGCUACGAGUCGCCCGACGAAUACCCUUUCUUCCCCGACGCCGUGCAGAAGCCCAUCCUCGAACCGAUCGACUACCCCCAGAUCCUCCACCCCAACAACGUCAACGUCAACGACAAGAUCAAGGAGUUCUAUACGCAAAAGUUCCUUCCCAGCGUGUGCCCCGACUUUGGCCGUGAGGACCGUGGUGCCAACAAGGAGAACUACGGGUCCUCUGCUACUUGCGAUAUCGCCUGCCUGCAGGCCAUCUCCCGGCGCAUUCACUUCGGCAAAUUCGUUGCCGAAUCCAAGUUCCAGUCUGAGACGGAAAAGUUCACAAAGUAUAUCAAGGCCGGCGAUCGCGAAGCCAUUGGGGAGGCUAUCACCAACAAGGCUGUUGAGAAGAAGGUGCUGGAGAGACUGAAGCUCAAGGCGGAGACCUACGGUACCGACCCAUCGAUAGGCGCCUCUGAGGCGGAGAGCCAGCGCAAGAUCAACGUCGAGGCCGUCGUGGCUAUGUACGAGGAAUUCGUGAUUCCUCUUACCAAAGAGGUCGAGGUCGAGUACCUCAUACAGAGACUGGAGCCGACGCCCGCCCAAUAG